AUGAACUCUUUCUCUGACACACUCCGUUCUCGUCCAACCAACCCAAAGGAUCCAGGUCGCAAGCGCCGGUUUGAAGGAUUGCCGAACGACAAAGAAAACUUGGUUCCAUUGCGAGAUUCAAAUUGCAUCAAUGGUGGUGAACGGCGUCCUCUCCAACGUGCCAGGAUCCUCCCUCUUCCUCUGACACAAAAUGUGAAGAACGAAGACAAGGAGACCUUCAACGAUGUUGCCGCUGUGACCAAGCUCUCCGAUGACGGCAUUCUAAAGCAAGAAGAAAACAUUGAAGCUGCUUCGUCCAAAUACAGUUCAUUCCCCAAACCCAACAUUGAUAUGCUCAUAAAGCAAGAGGACCAGGAAGAAGACGUUGAAGCCGAUUCAUCCAAUUACAGUUCAUUCCCCUACCCCGAAAGUGGCAUUCUCAUAAAGCAAGAAGAUCAGGAAGACGACGUUGAAGCUGCUUCAUUCAAGAACAGUUCAUUCUCCAAACCAUCCGAUGAAGUCUUGAAUAGCAACAAUGAUAUUCUCAUCAAGCAAGAAGAUCAGGAAGACGACGUUGAAGCUCUAUUCCAAGCUAAAUAUGAAGAAAUGCAGCGAAUCAAGAACCGGCGAGCAACAGUGUUGAAACAAUUGAAGGUGGAUCGUAAGCGAAGGCUCAACCCAAAACUCACAGCGGCGGAUAAGACACUGCUCCAGAAUGAGUCAGAUCGCCUCGAGGAACAGUAUGCUAACCUCGCCAACGAGGAUCACUCCUGCUCCAUGUUUCUAGCUGCCAACAAGCCACCAUUCUUUCCUGCUGAAGGCAUCCCCGAGCCAAAAUGCGUGUUUCCUGAAGAAAACCCCAUUUUGGGGGGGUACGUGAGGGCAAUCUUUUCAGUGACCACAGGCUCUAUCAAGUCCUCCGGAGACGGUCUCACUGACGCUAUCAAUUGUGCCUUUGGAGAUUCAAUCCUCAAGCAAGGCGACAUCAAAAAUGCUAUCAAGGAGAAUGCAUUGAAAUGUCGCGACGCUUUACCUGUGAGAAGUCUCUUUACACUCCGAAAAGCUGCCCAUGCAAUCCCGGAGCUCACCAAUGGUGUGUACGAGUUGAUGUCCAUGACACGAACUGAUCAGCAGAAUGUGAGUUUGGAAAGGCAGUUGGCAUCGAAGGAACACAUCAUGACCGAUUCGCCGAAUUUCUGCACUCUACUCAACUACAAAGAGGGAAGCUACCUGGUUUCUGUGGAUCUGGCUGUUGAAGGGCUAGAAACACCCAUUGGGUACUGCCUCUCGUACAAUGCUGGAGCAAGCACCAUCUGUCAUGGGUCAGGCACAACCUACACAAUCUCUGAUGACGACCGUCGCGAUCUUUCGGAGGAACAAUGGAAAAGCAAAUUGUGCACUGUCUUCAAUAUCAAGGGAAUCAAACUCGUUUCAGUCUAUCAGCUCCGGGUCAAAUUCAACAGCGUCGCAAACGGAGACCUUCCUCAUUUCAUUGGCUGGGAAGCUUAUCGAGACUGCAAGAAAAAGAUGCACGAACUGAAAGCAGAAAAGCAAGCCAAGAAGCAAGCCCAGAAAGAUCAGUACCACAAUGGACCGGAAGGUGGCAUGGUGACUUUGGCCAAUGUGCUUGGAGCGACUCUUGGAUCCAGUUCUUUGGACUCUGGCAAUAGCAUGACAAACUGGAGAGCUCUAAACUGCAGCAACGCCCUCAGGAGCCAGGGAUGGAGUGACAAUGAUGAUGAUGAUGAGCCAACUCAGUGGUAUUGCUCCGCAGGCUGUGGUAAGAAGUUUAAAAGCCAGGAAGCUGAGAAGAGCCACAUCAAGGAUAAGGCCACAAACUCCAGCUCCGAAAACGAGCACACCAAACGCUGGGUAAUUCUCCAACGACUGGAGAAACUGAAAGCAGCAGCAGAAAUACGAUGUUCCCAGAAGCCAGCAGCACCAUCUGGUGGUGGUAGAAGCAACGAUGGAGGGGAGAAGAAACAUUUUGUGUGUCCAGCAUGUGGGAGCCGUUGUGAUAGCAAAGACGAGCUUGAGCGCCAUCUUAUUGCUUUGUCUGGGAAACGUACAUUGCAGAAUAAAGGAAACACGCAUCGGAAGGAGUGCGUAUGGCGAGGCCUCCUUCCAGCCUAG